AGUGCUUGUGUCUUUAUGCAUGACUAGGACGCGACUAUUGAAUUUCUUGAUGAAAAGGGGUGGCCCAUUUUCAGAGCAAAGGGCGUUAUUCACCUUUUAAAUGAAAAGACAUUUAUGGAAAUAAGAGCGUACGCUAAAUAAAUGAAAUAGAACUGUUGGUGUUUCAAGGAAAUAUAUUUCGUAAAAUUUAUAAGUGGAAUAUUGUUAUUUUUCAAAAGCGGAUUUUUAAAAAUAAAUUUGAAGAUAUAUUUUGGUGUUGCUGUCAAACAGAUGUGGAUAUUUUUCUAGAACUGAACUGGAUAUUUCUAAUGAGAUGAGAAACUUUAAAGAAGGUCUGCUUUUAAUUACACUGUUUUAUGUAACGGCUAUAUGUCUAAAACAAUGUUAUGGAGCUACGCAAGCCCCGAACACGGGACAACCUACGCAGGACGGGACGACCACCCCGACCGCUGAGACAACCACGACCGCAACCACGACGACGACUGCAGGAACAACGACCUCGACAGAAGCACCCACGACCACCCAACAGGAUACAACAACUCAAGCUGCAACAACUGCGCAACCAAAGCAAUAUUGUGGAGAUUCUUCAAAUGGUCUUUUUCUUCCGUUUGGUGAUGCAGAAGGUGAUACUCGCCUGAAUAAGAUGGCCGACGGUUGCCAUGCGCCCUCAGCUCAAACUAACGAUUAUAAAGUGGCGUUCGAGGAUAAAUGUUUCAAGAAGUUUCAUAUAUGUGUUAACGGCCUAGUUUGCUUACAAAACCCUUACAAUGGUUAUGUUGUGCCAAACCACGGACAAAAAGUAAAUGUCUUCAACAAUAGAUAUUGUAUGGCACCGUUCUUGACGAAUUUGGAUACUACGAACGGCGGAGACGUCUGGUUCCACGAAUACGACAUUACAGUCGAUUGCAGUUUGAAAACUGACUCCGCGGUACAGAAGGCUCAAGAACUUUUCGCAAAAGAGACUGGCGAUCUUGCUUCAAGCUUUAGUCCCGUAUAUGUUCUUGUUGUAACAUGGGAUUCAGUUGCGAGAGAAGGCGGGCCCUCAUCAGAAACUGUAACGUUCCAACUGCUUUAUGCGUCGAAUGGGAUUACUGCGUACUCGUUUUACGUGUACAAGCAAGGCGGUAUGGGUAUACCAACAGGAGAGGUGUUCAUCGGACAAAUUGUCAAUGGGGCACCGGAAGGCGUUUGGAACGCGGCGGUCAGUGACGACCAAUACAGAGGUGUAGAUGAGACACUUUCUUGGUCAGGCGGUGAAUGUUACGGGGCCACAGCAUACUCUCACAGUGCGAGUGCGUGCCAAAAUACCCCUGAAUUAACUUGUAAGAAAUGGCACAGUUGUGAAAAGCAGAAUAAGGCAACGUACUUGACGCAGUUUAACUCUCUACCACGUUGUCCGUGUUCUAGCGCCCAGACUGGUGCCAAUUUCGUCCCAAAAAACAUCUCGACAAUUACCACAGAAUAUUUCGUUCUGAACUCCGCUGCGGUGGACAUUGACUAUGGAAAGACAUGCGGGUAUCGAAUACUAGAAUCCGGGAGUACUUCUUUCGUCAGCACUGGAAACUAUCGUGGAUCUUUCGCAAAGAAUAAUCCCAUAUCAAAGAAAGCCGACUACCAACAGUACGACCGUUACUAUAGAAAUGUGUGUUGCGACCAAGCGGAUUUAUGUGACCUUUACUUUGACGUGAGGCCCGCAUCACAGAACUGCACAUCUACUUCGACCUCGGCAACAAGUAAUUCCGCUGGCGACCCUCACUUCACCACCAUCGACGGGCUGUCUUACACGUUCAAUGGACACGGCGAGUAUCAUCUCCUUAAUAUAGACAACAUCGGUUUUGGAAUACAGGCGAGAACGGAGCGUGUUCUUGCCGUUAACGGAACGUCUGCCGACGCUACUGUUUUCACAGCGUUUGCAGUAAAGGGUACUGAUUUUUGGAUGCAGGUUGAAUUGAACUCCGAUCGCACAUUACUUUCCGUUUUGUCAGGGACAGGGAAGUCUUUGGAGAAUCACGUAGAUCACACGUUAAAUUACUACUCACAAGGAAAUGAGUUUAACGUGAACGAAGCACAUCUUUCUAUGAGACGAACUGGAGAAACACUUUUUGUGACAUUCCCGGAGGCAGGAGUCGUUAUGAACAUAACAAAGGGUGUUGGACUGUUAAGUUCUAUUUUCUCAAUUGGCAUUGAACACAAGACUAAAACAUCGGGCCUGCUCGGCAACUUCAACGGACAGACAAACGAUGACCUCAUUCCGAGAAACUCUGACACAGCAAUCCCUGCAUCCAGCAAUGACGAAGCCAUAUUCCUUAAUUUCGGAAAGACAUGGGCCACAAAUAAGAGUGAAUCGGAGUUUGCUUACCCACCAGGCAAGAUGCAUGCCUCGUUCAAUUUCCCAGACUUCACACCUCUAUUCGAGUCAUCAUUUUCUGACGAACAACUUGCUGAAGCCAGGAGUAAAUGUGGACUUGAAAAUAAACAAUGUAUUUUCGACUUUUUAUUGUCUGAUGAUGAAACACUGGCUCUCGGUACAUUAACAGCAUUCGAUGAUUUUCGUGAAGUAACCAUAAUCGCAGAAAACCAGAUACCGACCAUAGACGUUAUUUCCGGAGCAACGGAAACUGAUGGAGCGUAUUACUUGCAAGCAACACUUAAUUCGGCAAAUACCGUGCAAGUCAAGGCGACGGACGACGGAACAGUAACCACUGACGUAACGUCAGAUAUCAGUGGUAUACAGAGGACGAACAAUCCUGAUGGAUCUGUGUCCGUAGUUUUUACUUUAACAAGUUCGAAUCCCGUAUCACUAAGCUUUGUCGCCACAGAUAAUUUGGGCGUGGUAUCCCCUCAGCUAGUAAUAACUAUUGUGUUGUGUCAAGGAUGUUCUACCCACGGGGCAUGCAAUUUCACAGUCUUCCAAGAAACAGGGACCGUACUCGACAACUUCAAGUUAGCUCUGUGCACGUGCGAUGAGUAUUGGGAAGGGGAUAACUGUGAAAUUGAUUUUGACGGAUGUGCAGCCGCACCGUGUUUCGAAGGUCAGAAUUGUACGGACACAAAUGCCGAUGCAAACAAAGCUGACCCAAACUUACCAGCUUAUACUUGCUCUGCCUGUCCCAAUGGAUAUGAAAGCAAUGGUGCAAAAUGUGCAGACAUAGAUGAGUGUACACCUACCAACCCUUGUACCGGCGGAACAUGUGUAAAUACUGCAGGAAGUUUCAGAUGUGAUUGCGAUUUGGGUUACAGGCUAGACACUGACAAGGUCACAUGCAACGAUAUAAACGAGUGUGAUGAAGAAACAGAUGGUUGUGAUCAGAUUUGUGUUAAUGAUGUCGGUAGCUUUACGUGCUCUUGUCAGACUGGAUAUAAACGUAAUGCGGCAAACACCGCUUGUGAAAUAGACGCUACCGACACAACUGUACAAGACGCUUGUCUGAGCGCCGGAUGUGAGAAUGCUGAUGGUUGUACUGUAGACGAGAAUGCUAGCGGAAUCUGUUUCUGUAAUGCUGGCUACACACUUAACGAAACUGACAAUACAUGUGCAGAUACAAACGAGUGUGAUUUGGGUGUAUGUUCUCAAGACUGCACAAACACUGAAGGCAGUUACACGUGCAAAUGCUAUAUUGGUUACGAACUUGCUGCAGAUAAAGUAACGUGCAAUGCAUGUACGUUUCCAUCGUACGGUUUGAACUGUGUCCAGAACAUCAUUGACUGUCAAGGUCAGCAUGCCACGUAUGACUCCGCACGUGGCUGCGUAUGCAAUGCAGGAUGGGAAGGUUCUGACUGUGGUUCGGAUGUGAACGAGUGUUUGGAUGCCAACAUUUGUGGAGAUGUGGACAAAGUGUGCACAAACAACAGAGGUUCUUAUACAUGUUCUUGUCGGGAUGGUUUCCAGCAACAAGCUGAUAGUACAUGUGCAGAUAUUGACGAAUGCUCUGACAUAACUGCAAAUUCUUGUGAACAAGUUUGUACCAAUACGGUCGGUGGGUAUUCGUGUGGUUGUAAUGCGGGUUACAAUGUCGAUCCCAGUGACGCUACCAAAUGCGUAGACAUAAAUGAAUGUACUGGUGGAACUUCUGGAUGCGAGCAGAUAUGUGUGAACAUUGAUGGAGGUUUUAAUUGUGCCUGUAAUCCUGGCUAUGAACUGACAGCAGACAGAAAAACAUGCAAGAAAUUGGAAGAUGUGUGCAGGGCUUUUACCUCAAAGAACUGUUCAGAUAUCUGCACAGUUGUGAACAACGCUCCCGUUUGUUCUUGUGGCAACGGCUUUUAUCUUGGUACCGAUGAGCAGACUUGUAUAGAUGUGAACGAAUGUGACAAUAAUACAUUAAACCUGUGUUCUGUGAAGUCCUCGUGCGUCAAUAUAGAUGGUGGUUACACGUGCUCCUGUGAGGCCGGAUUUAGACUGGAAAAUGAUCAAAGAACAUGCACAGGAUGUGAUGAAUUUACGUUCGGCGUGAAUUGCGCAAAUAAAUGUGACUGCGGUGUUGGUGCUUCAUCUUGUGACUCUGUUACUGGCUGUGUGUGUAAGGACGGUUGGACCGGCGACAAGUGUGAUUCUGACAAGGAUGAGUGCCAGACCAACGUUUGCAAAGCCGCCAAUGAGCAGUGUGUGAAUACCCCAGGGUCUUAUGAAUGUCAGUGUAAAUCCGGCUAUGAGAAGGACGGCAAUGGAGCUUGCAUAAACAUCAACGAAUGUAACGACCCAGUACUAAACACGUGCAGUCAGGUUUGCGACGACACGGACGGUAGUUUUGACUGUAGCUGCAAUGUGGGCUUUGUACAGGAUGGAAACAGUUGCAAUGACAUCAAUGAGUGUGAAGGUGCGCAUGGAUGUGAACAGAUUUGUACAAACUUGAUAGGAAGUUAUAGAUGUUCAUGUCCAGACAACUACCAACUCAACGAGGACAAGAGGACUUGUUCUGCUAUUAACGCAUGCGCAGAUCCCAACUUUUGUAGUGGCGGUGCCAUAUGCGCACAAGUGAAUGGAAAUGACACCUGUUCGUGCAAGACAGGUUAUGUUUUCGAUACCGGUUCCACUACAUCAUGCGUUGAUAUAAAGGAGUGUUCCGAUGCUAGCUUGAACAACUGUAACCAGAAGUGCACAGAAUUGCCCGGAAGCUACUCCUGUUCUUGUAACCAAGCUGGUUACAAACUGGACGCGGACGAGCAGACGUGUAUUGUUUGCGAAGAGGGUACAUAUGGGAACAAUUGUACCGAAACAUGUGCAUGUGAGAUCGCUAAUAGCAACACGAAGUCAUGUGACAACGUGAAUGGCUCGUGCACGUGUAAUCCUGGCUGGGAAGGCACUACGUGCGCUACUAAUAUCAACGAAUGUAGCACAUUGACUGAGCCCUGUCCGCCAAAUUCGGCCUGUGUGGACAACGACGGAUCUUACACGUGCGUUUGUAGCACGGGUUACCUAAAGGCAGGGGAUGGUACUUGUUCAGCUUGUGACUCAAGACACUAUGGAGUAAACUGCGCACAGGAAUGUGCAUGUAUUGCCGCCAACACUGAUGUUUGUGAUAAGAUCAACGGUGAUUGCACAUGCGCAAGCGGCUGGACCGGAAGCACGUGUAGCGAAAACAUUGAUGAAUGCCAGACGGCAAAUAUUUGUAAUGAUACUUUAAAGACCUGUAGUGACACCAGUGGAUCUUUCACAUGCUCCUGUAUCGACGGUUACACAGUGAAUAGUGAAAACGUUUGCAUAGAUAACAAUGAGUGUCUAUUGGGGACCGAUACUUGCACGGAUCCAGGGCAGAAAUGUGUUAACGCGGUGCCAAGUUUCACGUGUGCUUGUUCAGCCGGGUAUACUGGAACCACAACAUGUACACCUUGCGGUGCCAAUACUUGGGGCGAACAGUGUGUAAAUAGCUGCUCCUGCAACGGGACGAACACGGUAAGGUGCGAUCCGGCUGUUGGCUGUGUGUGCAAGCAAGGUUGGACAGGUGACGACUGCGGACAAGACGUGGAUGAAUGUGCACUAGGGACUGAUAACUGCGUGGCUAAUGCUGUUUGCACAAACACUGAAGGAAAUUUCACGUGCGCAUGUGCAGUAGGAUAUCAGAGCGUCGGUGAUUCGUGUAUCUCUUGCAGCAACAAUGGCCAUGGAGAUUCGUGCGGAACACCUUGCGAUUGUGUUGAUGCAAAUGCAAUAAAUGUCAAUCAGUCUUGUAAUCACAUAACUGGCAAAUGCGAAUGCAAGGCUACAUGGACCGGAAACAGAUGCCAGACGGAUGUAGACGAGUGCGCCGCAGAUUCGAAUUUGUGCAAGGACAAACCAAGCCAAGGCUGUCAUAAUUUAGACGGUGGUUAUGAAUGUUCCUGUUUCUUGGGCUUUGAUAGAAAUCAAGAUGGAACGUGUGAAAUUAGUAGUGUAAAUGUGACAAGUGUGCCAGUACCAGCGGAUGCGGUUGGAAUUGACAUGUUUGUGAGUCUGAAUCUAAGCGUUGAUACAGUAUCACUGAGUGCCAACUUGACCAUAAAGCUGACCAAUGCCGAAUACAAGGCCGAAACAGAACGUGCGCUUACGCAAUAUUUUGAGGGUAUCAUGGAAAGUACGAAUCUCCAGGCGGUCAAGGUGUAUUUAGUUGCUGAGGGAAGUCUUGACGCCAACCUCAUAGUGCUGAUAGCUAACACAGAUGCAGCAAAGAAAGAUUUCUCUAAAGCUGUAUAUGGUUUCCGUGGAACACCAAUUGAUAUCUUCGGACAGAGCACGUUCGCUACACAACUGCGUGUUGGAACGACAUCCGUUGAUCCGCAAACAGCCACAGAAACAGUUAUCAAGUGUAUUGCUUUAGCCGAAGCUAAUGGACAGUGUAUAGGCGACGAAGAAUGUGUCAUUGAAAAUGGCCAGCCUAUAUGCAGGGUGAAAACAACAGACAACUUUGCAUUGGUUAUAGGUUUAGGAGUCGGAAUACCUCUGUUUUUCAUAGCUGUACUCAUUAUAGCUGUGUGUAUUCUAUACGUCACCAAAAGAAACAGACAUCAUAGAUAUGGAUACAGAUCAAGUGAAUUUGAUAGACAAACUUUAGACCGGGGUGGUUUCUUCCCAACCGUUAUGCCAACCAAGAUCAACACGAUUGGACGAAAUGACCCCGUAUAUAUACCAUACAAUUGGGAUGACCAAUCUACUAUAACAUCAUCAUCUACAGACGAAAUUCGUGACAAGAAACGACGACGAAGGCGUCGUGGAGAAACCUAUCCCGUUGUAGAAGACGACGAAGCUUAUUAUAGCAAUGCUCCUAACAAUUUUUCCUGGGAUUUUAUGUACAACUAUAUAGGACCAAAUGAAAAGUAUGAAAUUCAAAGACCAAAGCAUGUAUGUGUAGCAUUCCAUUGUUCCUGUCGCCUUCUAGAUAAAAAAUGGCGGCGUAAGAACUUUAAGUAUCGAAAAGAGACAUUUAUUGAAGCGAAAAGGAGUAACAAAAGAGCAAUGAAGUCGUCUGUGAAAUGGCAUAUAAAGAUGAUCUCAAUACUUUCAUUCUUUGUCUGUAUUUCGACAUUAGUAUCCGCAAAUGGUUCGACAACCAAUACACCUAGUGCAUCGACAACAUUAGAUGCCAUAACGGCAGCUGCAGAUACAUCAACAACCAUAUCCACUACUGCUCAACAACCAACAACAACUGAUGCACCAAGUACAAGCUCGUCAGUAAUGACAUCAACGACAACGGUAGCCCAAACAACACAAGGUCAGACCACAACGGAUGCUCCGUCAUCAACUACGGAGUCUCAAACAACACAAGGUCAAAAAAUAACGGAUGCUCCGUCAUCAACUACGGAAUCUCAAACAGCGCAAGGUCAUAAAACAACGGAUGCUCCGUCAACAACUACAACUAACGCACCAUCGACAACAACUGAGUCACAAACAACCUCAACAACACAAGCUCAGACUACAACAGAUACGCAAUCGACAACAACUGAGUCACAAACAACCUCAACAACACAGGCUCAAACUACAACUGAUGCACCAUCGACAACAACUGAGUCACAAACAACCUCAACAACAACAGAGUCACAAACAACCUCAACAACACAAUCUCAGACUACAACUGAUGCACCAUCGACAACAACAGAGUCACAAACAACCUCAGCAACAACAGAGUCACAAACAACCUCAACAACACAAGCUCAAACUACAACUGAUACACCAUCGACAACAACAGAAUCACAAACAACCUCAACAACACAAGCUCAGACUACAACUGAUGCACCAUCGACAACAACUGAGUCACAAACAACCUCAACAACAACAGAGUCACAAACAACCUCAACAACACAAGCUCAGACUACAACUGAUACACCGUCGACAACAACUGAGUCACAAACAACCUCAGCAACACAAUCUCAAACUACAACUGAUGCACCAUCGACAACAUCUGAGUCACAAACAACCUCAACAACAACAGAGUCACAAACAACCCCAACAACACAAGCUCAGACUACAACUAAUACGCCAUCGACAACAACUGAGUCACAAACAACCUCAACAACACAAGGUCAGACUACAACUGAUGCACCAUCGACAACAACUGAGUCAAAAACAACCUCAACAACACAAGCUCAAACUACAACUGAUGCACCAUCGACGACAACUGAAUCAAAAACAACCUCAACAACACAAGCUCAGACUACAACUGAUGCUCCAUCGACAACAACUGAGUCACAAACAACCUCAACAACACAAGCUCAGACUACAACUGAUGCACCAUCGACAACAACAGAGUCAACAACCUCGACAACACAAGCUCAGACUACAACUGAUGCACCAUCGACAACAACUGAAUCACAAACAACCUCGACAACACAAGGUCAGACUACAACUGAUGCACCAUCGACAACAACUGAGUCACAAACAACCUCGACAACACAAGGUCAGACUACAACUGAUGCACCUUCGACAACAACUGAAUCUCUAACAACUUCAACAACACAAGCUCAGACUACAACUGAUGCUACAUCGACAACAACUGAGUCACAAACAACCUCAAGAACACAGGCUCAAACUACAACUGAUGCACCAUCGACAACAACUGAAUCACAAACAACCUCGACAACACAAGGUCAGACUACAACUGAUGCACCAUCGACAACAACUGAAUCACAAACAACCUCGACAACACAAGUUCAGACUACAACUGAUGCACCAUCGACAACAUCUGAGUCACAAACAACCUCAACAACAACAGAGUCACAAACAACCUCAACAACACAAGCUCAAACUACAACUGAUGCACCAUCGACAACAACUGAAUCACAAACAACCUCGACAACACAAGGUCAGACUACAACUGAUGCUACAUCGACAACAACUGAGUCACAAACAACCUCAACAACACAGGCUCAAACUACAACUGAUGCACCAUCGACAACAACUGAAUCACAAACAACCUCGACAACACAAGGUCAGACUACAACUGAUGCACCAUCGACAACAACUGAAUCACAAACAACCUCGACAACACAAGCUCAGACUACAGCAGAUACACCGUCGACAACAACUGAAUCACAAACAACCUCAACAACACAAGCUCAGACUACAACUGCUCAGACUACAACUGAUGCACCUUCGACAACAACUGAAUCUCUAACAACUUCAACAACACAAGCUCAAACUACAACUGAUGCACCAUCGACAAAACGAUCACAACACUCGACAACAAAGCUCAACCUACAUGAUGCACCAUCGACAACAACUGAGUCACAAACAACCUCAACAACACAAGCUCAGACUACAACUGAUACACCAUCGACAACAACAGAAUCACAAACAACCUCAACAACACAAGUUCAGACUACAACUGAUGCACCAUCGACAACAUCUGAGUCACAAACAACCUCAACAACAACAGAGUCACAAACAACCUCAACAACACAAGCUCAGACUACAACUGAUGCACCAUCGACAACAACAGAAUCACAAACAACGUCAACAACACAACCAACUACAACUGAUGCACCAUCGACAACAACUGAAUCACAAACAACGUCAACAACACAAGCUCAGACUACAACUGAUGCACCAUCGACAACAACUGAGUCACAAACAACCUCAACAACACAAGGUCAGACUACAACUGAUGCACCAUCGACAACAACUGAAUCAAAAACAACCUCAACGACACAAGCUCAGACUACAACUGAUGCACCAUCGACAACAACAGAAUCACAAACAACCUCAACAACACAAGCUCAGAUUACACCUGAUGAACCAUCGACAACAACUGAGUCACAAACAACCUCAACAACACAAGCUCAAACUACAACUGAUGCACCAUCGGCAACAACAGAGUCACAAACAACCUCGACAACACAAGCUCAACCUACAACUGAUGCUACAUCGACAACAACAGAAUCACAAACAACCUCAACAACACAAACUCAGAUUACAACUGAUGCACAAUCAACAACAACUGAGUCACAAACAACCUCAACAACACAAGCUCAAACUACAACUGAUGCACCAUCGACAACAACUGAGUCACAAACAACCUCAACAACACAAGCUCAGACUACAACUGAUGCACCAUCGACAACAACUGAGUCACAAACAACCUCAACAACACAAGCUCAAACUACAACUGAUGCACCAUCGACAACAACUGAGUCACGAACAACCUCAACAACACAAGCUCAGACUACAACUUAUGCACCAUCGACAACAACUGAGUCACAAACAACCUCAACAACACAAGCUCAAACUACAACUGAUGCACCAUCGACAACAACAGAAUCAAAAACAACCUCAACAACACAAGCUCAGACUACAACAGAUGUAAAAUCGACUACAACAGACUCACAAACAACCACAACAACACAAGCUCAGACUACAACUGAUACACCAUCGACAACAACUGAAUCACAAACAACCUCAACAACACAAGCUCAAACUACAACUGAUGCACUAUCGACAACAACUGAGUCACAAACAACCUCAACAACACAAGCUCAAACUACAACUGAUGAACCAUCGACAACAACUGAGUCACAAACAACCUCGACAACACAAGCUCAGACUACAACUGAUGCACCAUCGACAACAACUGAAUCACAAACAACCUCAACAACACAAGGUCAGACUACAACUGAUGCACCAUCGACAACAACUGAAUCAAAAACAACCUCAACAACACAAGCUCAGACUACAACCGAUACACCAUCGACAACAACUGAAUCACAAACAACCUCAACAACACAAGUUCAGACUACAACUGAUGCACCAUCGACAACAACUGAAUCAGAAACAACAACGAAACCUGGUACAACUGUUGGACCUUCAACCACCGUAGCUGAUACAACUGUUGGGCCAACAACUACGGUAGCUGAUACAACUGUUGGACCCACCACUACGGUAGCUGAUACAACAGUUGGACCAACAACAACUGUAGCUGAUACAACUAUUGGAUCCACCACAACAGUAGCUGAUACAACUGUUGGGCCAACAACAACAGUAGCUGAUACAACUGUUGGGCCCACCACAACGGUAGCUUAUACAACAGUUGGGCCAACAACAACAGUAGCUGAUACAACUAUUGGAUCCACCACAACAGUAGCUGAUACAACUAUUGGACCAACAACAACAGUAGCUGAUACAACUAUUGGAUCCACCACAACAGUAGCUGAUACAACUGUUGGAUCAACAACAACGGUAGCUGAUACAACUAUUGGAUCCACCACAAAAGUAGCUGAUACAACUGUUGGAACAACUACAACAGUAGCUGAUACAACUAUUGUAUCCACCACAAUAGUAGCUGAUACAACUGUUGGACCAACAACAACGGUAGCUGAUACAACUAUUGAAUCCACCACAACAGUAGUUGAUACAACUGUUGGACCAACAACAACGGUAGCUGAUACAACUGUUGGAUCAACAACAACGGUAGCUGAUACAACUGUUGGACCCACCACAACAGUAGCUGACACAACUGAUAGACCUACAACAACAGCAGCUGAUACAACUAUUGCAUCUACCACAACAGUAGCUGAUACAACUGUUGGACCCACCACAACUGUGGCUGACACAACUUUUGGACCUACAACAACAGUAGCUGAUACAACUAUUGGAUCUACCACAACAGUAGCUGAUACAACUGUUGGACCUACAACGACAGUAGCUGAUACAACUGUUGGACCAACAACAACAGUAGCUGAUACAACUGUUGGACCUACAACGACAGUAGCUGAUACAACUGUUGGACCCAUCACAACAGUAGCUGAUACAACUGUUGGACCAACCACAACAGUAGCUGAUACAACUGUUGAACCUACAACAACAGUAGCUGAUACAACUGUUAGACCAACAACAACGGUAUCUACUGUUGCACCUACAACAACAGUAGCUGAUACAACUGUUGGACCCAUCACAACAGUUGCUGAUACAACUGUUGGACCAACCACAACGGUAGCUGAUACAACUGUUGAACCCACCACAACGGUAGCUGAUACAACUGUUGAACCAACAACAACAGUAGCUGAUACAACUGUUGGAUCCACCACAACAGUAGCUGAUACAACUGUUGGACCAACAACAACAGUAGCUGAUACAACUGUUGGACCCAUCACAACAGUUGCUGAUACAACUGUUGGACCAACCACAACGGUACCUGAUACAACUGUUGGACUCACCACAACGGUAGCUGAUACAACUUUUGGGCCAACAACAACAGUAGCUGAUACAACUGUUGGAUCCACCACAACAGUAGCUGAUACAACUGUUGGACCAACAACAACAGUAUCUGGUACAACUGUUGGACCAACAACAACCGUAUCUGAUACAAGUGUUGGACCCACCACAACAGUAGCUGAUACAACUGUUGGACCUACAACAACAGUAGCUGAUACAACUGUCGGACCUACAACAACAGUAGCUGGUACAACUGUUGGACCAACAACAACGGUAGCUGAUACAACUGUUGGACCAACAGCAACAGUAGCUGAUACAACUGUUGGAACAACAACAACGGUAGCUGAUACAACUGUUGGACCCACCACAACAGUAGCUGAUACAACUGAUGGACCAACAACAACGGUAGCUGAUACAACUGUUGGACCCACCACAACAGUAGCUGAUACAACUGUUGGACCAACAACAACGGUAGCUGAUACAACUGUUGGACCAACUACGACGGUAGCUGAUACAACUGUUGGACCAACAACAACAGCAGCUGAUACAACUGUUGGGCCAACAACAACAGCAGCUGAUACAACUGUCGGACCUACAACAACAGUAGCUGAUACAACUGUUGGAUCCACCACAACAGUAGCUGAUACAACUGUUGGACCAACCACAACGGUAGCUGAUACAACUGUUGGACCCACCACAACAGUAGCUGAUACAACUGUUGGACCAACCACAACGGUAGCUGAUACAACUGUUGCACCAACUACGACGGUAGCUGAUACAACUGUUGCACCAACUACGACGGUAGCUGAUACAACUGUUGGACCAACAACAACAGCAGCUGAUACAACUGUCGGACCUACAACAACAGUAGCUGAUACAACUGUUGGACCCACCACAACAGUAGCUUAUACAACUGUUAGACCCACCACAACGGUAGCUGAUACAACUGUUAGACCCACCACAACGGUAGCUGAUACAACUGUUGCACAAACUACAACGGUAGCUGAUACAACUGUUGCACCAACAACAACAGCUCCUCCAACACUUAUUACCGGCUUACGUCUCGGCUAUGGUGAAACUACUGGUGACAACGUUAUGCCGGGAACCGAUGAUGAGUGCAACGUACAGAUCAAUACAGAAUAUGAUGUUCCGUUUAGGGAACAGAAAUUUAGGAAAAUAUUUGUGUGUGCAAAUGGACUCAUAUGUUUCAACAGGCGUUACGAAAGUUACACAAUUCCCGUCAAUGACGAGACUAGCUCGGACUUAAAUAAUAUAUAUUGUCUGGCUCCCUACUUCGCUGAUAUUGACGUGGAAAACUCUGGCAAAGUGUGGUACCAGGCUUAUGAUGCCACUUCGGAGGAUAUUUCGGAGACUAGUGAAGUUUUCGUAACGGUGAAAAAUCUUAUGAAUGCAACUUACGGUGUGGAUUACAAUCCAGUAUACAUUCUUAAAGCAACAUGGGAUAAUGCGCCAAAGUACGGGGGAAACGCCAGUGAGACGGUAACAUUUCAAGUAAUUUACGUGACGGAUGGUGUUACUGCUUACACGUUCUAUAACUACGAACCGGAUGGCAUGAACUUUUUAUCCGAACCACAGUUUAUUGGGCUCCUUAUCAAUGGGACGGCUGAAGGGUUAAAUGAUAGCCCCGACGGUUCUUACCUUCGACGACCCGACGAAAACCUCAUCUUGGAAUUAUACAAAGGAGCUGCAAGCUUCGAGGUGACCUUAGAACAAGAGGAACAAGGAGCUAACUACCGUGUCAGAUGCAAGUCCUGGCAUAAGGCUGAGAGAUCCCGAAUAACUACGUACAGAACGGAACUGGAUAAGAUGCCGCUGUGCCCAUGCGUGUCUCUCUUCCUCUUUUUCGAUAGACGCUUUGGAUUUUCAUCUUUAGAUUUGGAUUCUGGGACGUUUACAGUUCCGGUUUUCCCAGCAAGAGACUAUGCUCCGUAUGGAAAGACAUGUUCAUACAACAUUUGGACCGGAAGUUUCAUUGGCUCUGGUAGAAGUGCUGGGUCAUUCAAUGCUUACAAUGAAUUGAUUGACCCCAGACAACAUCAGCUCAAGGACACGUUCUAUAAGAACGUCUGCUGCGACCAGUCUGAUCUUUGUGACCUCUAUUAUGACGUCAGACCUACGCAUAACUGCUACUCAGUAUUUCCAUUCAGAUUUGGUGGUGGCUUUGGCGACCCUCACAUUGCUACACUUGAUGGACGAACUUACACCUUCAACGGCCAUGGCGAAUAUAUUCUUCUUCGAAUUCCAACGGCAAACUUUGAAAUCCAAAGCAGGACAGAACGUGCAGAAAAGUCCGAUGGUACUGAAUCAGAAGCGACCAUCUUUACAGCAUUCGCAAUAGAGUCUGCGGGUACCUGGCUUCAGGUGGAAAUUAACUACGUUAAAACCGGCAUAAAUCUGUUUGCUGGUUCCAAUAAAACCUAUUGGGCGGAUUUUACGGCAGACUUUUACGACAACGGUGACAGCUUCUCCUAUGUUUCAGACAGCCUUAGCAUGAGCCGUGAUAAUAACACGCUCGUGACAAGUUUCACGGCUACAGGUGUUGCAUUUAACGUUACUGUCGGAGUCGGUCUUCUACAAAUGGGCAUAGGUAUGAGGGAUGAUUACAAAUCAUUGACCGCUGGGUUGCUAGGCAACUUUAAUGACGAUGCUACAGAUGACCUUUUGCCGCGGAAUGCUGUGACCGCCCUUCCGAACACGGCUAAAGAGAGGGAGAUUUUCCAAGAUUUCGGACAGACAUGGUUGACCUCCUCGGUGGAGUCCAUUUUCAAAUAUGAUAAUGGCAAGUCGCACAGUGCAUACAGCUUCCCAGAUUUCGUACCGAAGUUUUUAGACGAGGCAAAUGAAACACUCGUUGCGGAAGCAACGUCACUUUGCGGCGAGGGCAACAACCAGUGCAUAUUUGACUAUGUGUUCACAGGCAAUGCGGAGUUAGCCGCGGCUACCACAGCAACAGAGUCCCAGGCUGCUGAAAAUACUGCCGAUGCAGCAAAUGUCGUGCCUAACGUAACUGUGAACAGUGGAACAACAUUAAUAGAGGGCCGUAAUUAUCUCUAUACGACCGUAAACCAAGUGUCAACAUUUACCCUCCUCGGGACGGACGACGGGACGUUAACCUACGAGUUUGUAAACACUACGGCGGAAGCCAGUCUCGGUACGCCUCAAAAUGACGGAACGGUAGACGUCAAUGUACUUGUCUCAAGUACAGAUCCGGUGUACGUCAGUGUCUCUGCGUCUGACGAUCGCGGAGUUAACGCCCCUGUUGUUGACAUUGUUGUUGUUCUGUGUACCGGAUGUAACGCACAUGGCGUAUGUAACAACAGCGUUAUACGAGAAGACCUAAAAUCUACAGACAGUUUCAAGUAUGCAACAUGUGUCUGCGAGCCCUACUGGACAGGAAUCGACUGUGAGUUGGACUUUGAUGGUUGUGAAGUAAACCCUUGUUCCGUGAACCGUACCUGUACUGACAGACCAGCUGAUGAACACAAGGCAAAUCCGUCCCUAAAGGCUUACACGUGCAGCCCGUGCCCGACCGGAUACCAAGAUAUUCAAGACAAAUGUCAAGAUGUCAAUGAAUGUAGUGACUCGACGGUGUGUUCUCAAGUGUGUGUGAAUACGGCAGGUAGUUAUUAUUGUCAGUGCAACAGCGGUUUCAGAUUGGCAGACGAUGGAACAAAUUGCACAGAUGUAAAUGAGUGUGAAGAGUCUACUAGCGGAUGUGACCAAAUUUGUACCAAUAACGCGGGAAGUUUCGUCUGCUCGUGUUAUUCUGGCUUCACCUAUAAUGAUGUUACUUCUACCUGCGAUAAAGAUAUAGCGGAUCCUGUUGGAUGUGAUACCAUUGAUUGUUCCAGUGCUGCUGGUUGUACAUUAAAUGAAACAAACGUACCUGUCUGUUUUUGUAAUAAUGGCUUCCAACUCCAAAACGGAAACACUUGCAACAACAUAGAUGAGUGUACCACGGGCGUGUGUUCACAGUCUUGUACGGAUACAGUCGGAAGUUUUACGUGCAGUUGUUAUACUGGUUUCAGGUUGCUGGAAGAUCAAGUUUCUUGUGAAGCAUGCAUUUUCCCGUAUUACGGAGUAAAUUGUGCCAGCACGUGCCAGUGUGGGCGUGGUUCGAGCGGCUGUGACCCGGUCCAGGGAUGCAUUUGUAAGAAUGGAUGGACGGGUACCAACUGUGAUACAGAUGUUGAUGAAUGCCUCGUUCCAAACGUGUGUGGAGAUGAGAACAAAAUAUGCACGAACACUGUUGGCUCAUACAGAUGCACGUGUCGUACGGGAUUUUCUUCCGUGAACGGAACUUGUACCGAUGUUGACGAAUGCAGUGACCCAGCGUUAAAUGUAUGUAACCAACUAUGCACGAAUACAAUCGGUGGUUUCUCGUGCAGCUGCAGGGCCGGAUACAACAUUGAUCCGACAGACGCAAAUAACUGCGUCGAUUUCGAUGAAUGUGCAGCGGGUAUAUCAGGGUGUGAGCAGAUUUGUACGAAUGCAGAGGGAAGAUUCAGCUGCGAAUGUUACUUUGGAUUUCUGCUGAAUGCCGACAGAAAAACAUGCACUGAAGUUUCAGAUCCAUGUACACUAUUCCCAGAAACAAAUUGUUCAGAUAUAUGUGUAGUGGUUAACCAAACCCCACUAUGUUACUGCAGUACGGGGUUUGUUCUGGGAGCAGAUCAGCAGACAUGCAUAGAUGUGAACGAAUGUGACCCCAGUUUAAGCCUCAACCAGUGCAGUGACCCUGAUACCUGUGUCAACUCGGCUGGUGGUUAUGAGUGUUCAUGCAAUCCAGGAUUUAAGCUUGAAAACGAUAUGAGGACUUGUAAAGAAUGCGAUGCUUUCCAUUAUGGUUUGGAAUGUGCUAAUGACUGUAAUUGUGGAGUUGGUGCAAGCAGGUGUGACUCCGUGACAGGCUGUGUCUGUGAGUCCGGGUGGACAGGGGACAAAUGUGACAUCGACAAGGAUGAAUGUGCAACCUUCCCUUGCACGGGAACUAACGAGCAGUGCACAAAUACUCCGGGAUCUUACGUGUGUGCUUGUGAGACAGGUUAUAGUAAAGAUAUCAACGGAAUAUGUAAAGACGUAGACGAAUGUUCCAGCGUUACUCUCAAUGACUGCGGUCAAAUCUGUACAAACACGAUGGGCAGCUAUCAGUGCAGCUGUAAUACCGGCUUCCAACAGGACGGAAAUGCAUGCAAUGAUAUCAAUGAGUGCGAUGGACAGAACGAGUGUUCUCAAGUGUGCACCAACACGGUUGGUAGCUACAGGUGUUCCUGUAGUCCAGGUUUCAAACUCGAUCUCACAGACCGAAAAACGUGUAUCCCUGCAGAACAGUGUGAUCCAUCCACAAACCCAUGUGGUGCAAAUACUGACUGUGCUGUUGUGAGUGGCACAGAUUCUUGUUUUUGUAAAGCUGGGUUCCAGUUUGUCUCUGGUUCUAACACAAUUUGCGAAGAUAUACUAGAAUGUUCCCAGAUACAGAGUCCAUGUUCCCAGGAAUGUACAGAGCUUGCAGGAAGUUAUCAAUGCUCCUGCAACAUUGAUGGUUACAAGCUAGAUGUUGAUCAGUCAACAUGCAUUGUUUGUCCAGAAGGCUCAUACGGAGAUGACUGCUUACAGAACUGUACAUGCGCAGUACUUACCACGUUGUCAUGUGACACGGUAACUGGCGCGUGCAACUGUAAACCUGGCUGGACCGGAAGUCAGUGCACUGAUGAUAUCAACGAGUGUCUAGAUCCAUUAGUCCACCAGUGUCCGGCAAACUCUCAAUGUGUUAAUACACUAGGGUCAUUUUAUUGCUCAUGUGACAUUGGAUACACCAAAGCUGGCAACGGAUCUUGUCAAGUUUGCGACAGCACUCACUGGGGACAAAACUGUGAGAACAGCUGCACGUGUGAUGUAUCGAACACACAAAGCUGUGAUCCUGUUGAUGGUUCAUGCACAUGUAACACAGGAUGGACGGGAAGCACGUGCUCUACCGAUUUAGAAGAAUGCACGUUGUCUCCAAACAUUUGUGGUGACGUUUUAAAAACAUGUCAGAAUACCCCAGGUUCUUUCUCGUGCAACUGUAUCAGUGGAUACACAAUCAAUAAUGUGGGCACGUGCAUAGACAACGACGAGUGUUUGCUUGGUACAUCCACGUGUCUUUACGAAUGCACGAAUAACCCAGGGUCGUUUGAGUGUUCGUGUUACCCAGGUUACUCUGGUACAGGAAACAGUUGUACACCAUGUGCAAGUGGUAACUGGGGAAUACAGUGUGCAAAUACGUGUAAUUGUAAUGUUACAUACACGACGCAAUGUGAUCCUGCCACCGGAUGUCAGUGUAUUUCUGGUUGGACCGGUGCAACGUGUUCUGAUGACAUUGAUGAAUGUGCUGAUGGUACACACACGUGCCCGGCUGAUUCCACGUGUGUGAACACCCCAGGAAGCUAUGAAUGUCCUUGCAAUACAGGCUACAAGAAUAACAAUAAUUUGUGUGCCAUUUGUUCAGACGAUACUUACGGUGAAGAGUGUGCAAGUUCAUGCGAUUGUGAAAACAGCAACGCCGUUGUUUCAAGUCAAUCUUGCAAUCACGUGACGGGUACAUGUGAAUGUCGUGCAACUUGGACUGGUUCCCGUUGUCAAACUGACGUUGACGAAUGUGCAGCUGGAACCAGUAAUUGUGAUUCAGUGCCAAAUCGAGGCUGCCAUAAUACGAUAGGUGGAUUUCAGUGCUCUUGUUUGUUGGGAUAUGAAAUAGACAACAAUGGCGAUUGUGUUCAAGGUGCGCCAACCACACCGGUACCUACGUCAGAAGGAGAAAUAACAGUUGUAGUCAGCGUCCGUCUAAAUUACACCAUUCAAACAUCAGUGGACCUUAGGGUCACGGCUACAUUCGACAUCUAUGCUGCAGAAGUCAGGACAGGACUUCUACAAUUUUUCGAAACUACGAUGGGAAGCAAUGUCAAAGAUGUUGUUGUUACAACAUUAACUAGCGGAAGUAUUGAUGCCAGUGUCGUAGUUCUAAUGUCCGACAGUGAAACUUCAGCCAAGCAAUUUUCACGUGCGGUGUUCAUUCUUGCAACUGGUGGCACGGUUGAGGUGUUUGAAGUUACAACAGUGACACAGGCGCUAGUUGUAGGAGAAGAAACCAUUGACUUGUCGUCUGACACUAAAAAGUCAGUGUUGUGUGCUGCAUAUUUCGAAGCAAGAGGAAGUACAUGUGCUGCGAAUGCAGAGUGUGUCAUAAUUGACGAGAAUCCACUGUGCCAACCGCUCAAGACAUCAGAUAACUUCCCUCUUGUGAUAGGACUUGGUGUCGGGGUACCUUUGUUCCUUAUCACCGCCCUCAUAAUUGCCAUAAUAGUAAUAUACGCCCUGAAGAACAGAAGGAAGAAGCGAUACCAUACUGAAGAUUUUGACAGGGGAUCUUUCAAUAAUGGAUUCUUCCCACAUACUAUACCAACCAAAAUAAGUACCUGGGGCCGUAACAACCCCGUGGGUCGUCUAUAUGGCCCCCAGAGCUGGGGUGAUGAGUCGGUGUCAGCGUCUACAGACGAAGGUAAACAUCACAGAACUAGGAGAGAUAAUGAAUUUAUGCGUACAGAUGAAAUGUAUUCGUACGAAAAUGGUUUAACUUCGAACUUCUCGUGGGAUUUUCUUUAUAAUUAUAUCCAUCCGCACGAAAGGUAUGAAAUUGCACGACCACAACACGAUCAGCAUCCCCACCCUGUGUUUACGCAAUGAGUCACGUAUUAAAAAUACCGGAUAUAUACAUUUAUAACAGCAUUCUUCUUAGAAGAAACGGCAUGUUGAGAAAGAUGGCUGACUCCGAAAGAAAGAAGCGGAUUUUUGAAAUCUUAAAGAAUGAUGUAGGAGGCCUACAUUAAUAUUUCCAGAAAACUAUCUUCAUGAGAUAGUUAACUAUAACUCAAAACUAUAGAAAAUUGCAAAAAGCGGAGUUGUGAUACGUUUUAGACAUAUGGAUGAUGGGAAGAACUCGAAGGUACAACUGGUUCGAAAAUUUAAUAGAAUAUACAUCGGGAUUGCAUUUGUAUUUGCAAUGGUAUUGCAACUUCAUGUACAAUGUCAUAGAGUGUUAUCUUAAAGUAAUUCAAAGGAGGUUUCGUUUAACGUUCUGCACGUGCAUGUAUUGUUGCUAUAAGUCAUUGUGUUAUUUAUUGAGAAUGUUGUGGAGAACUACAGUUAAGAACUGCUUGUAUACAAGAUAUUAUGAAUUUGUGUAUUAGAAAUUAUGCGGAAUAUGCCUCAGAAACUGAAAUAGAGAUCGGGGUAUUCGUUAUGAAUCAUUUCUUUUAUAAAUGGCAAGAUAUAUAAUUCACAAAUUUAAACACAGUACUAACUUUUCACACUUUACGGCACAGGCAAUACGAUGUUAUGAUUACUUGGAAACUGAAAUAUGCUUAUUUAAAAGAAAUAAAAUUAGAAGGGGAUUGAGAGAGGGGAUUGUUACUGGAGCAGACGACAAUAAUUGUAACAUGUGAUACGUCGAGUGUAUUAGUAUACAAAUCAAAGUGUUUUAAUUUUUAGUUAUCCUCGUGAUCCAUAGCAUUAUUGUUUUGCCUUACUGGACUUCAACUAGUCUUCUGUAAUAAGAUGACGUUUUUUGCACGAUUUUACUUACACUUUCACCAGGACGGACUUUCCAUUGAAGAAUGUCGCGCAUGCGCAUGGAUAGUUUCACUUUUUCAUUUAUAUUUUUAUGUGUACAGUAUGUAGAUAUUGUGAAAUUUAAUAUUUUUCCAAAUAAAAAGCCAUAAUAAUUAUUUUUAUCAGUGUAAAUAGUGUGUUGAAGUUUUAUGUUUUAUUUAGAACCACCGUUCUAAUACGAUACUCAAUGUUAUGUUUUAUAGAAUAUAUUUUUCCAUUUUGUUUUAGAUCUAUUGUUUUCAUACAUUUCAAGAUAUUAAACAUGCUAUAUGAAAUGUUCUUUACAAUGAUAAUUUACAGUAUAUUACAUUCAUGGAAGUUCUAUGAGUGUAAAAAUAGUUUAUAGUUUUUAUAUAUAUUGUUGUUGUUGCUUUAGAUAUAUGUUGAAGAAUAAUGUACAUUUAAAAAGUAUAUAAUACUCAUUGGCCUGUAAGAAUUAUUACAUAUCAUGAUUAUAUUUAUGCAAUAAAUAAUUCAAAGAAAA